GGUUUCUGGGGUUCUUUUUCUAAUUGCUAUAUUCUAUAAUGGCUGCUGGGAGUGGGACAAGUUUUUUUAUUAAAAUUAUAUUUACUUUCUUGUUUAGAAUAACUAUACUCAGCCAUUUGACAUUUCACAGCUAUAGUCAUUUGACAAUUAACAUUCACAAAGCUUCAUUCAGCUUCUUCCACUGAUAUCAUAGUGCUACCAUCAUCUUCACAUUACAACAAUGGCUAAAGUUGGAAGAAUGAAGUUGGGUUCACAGGGCUUGGAGGUGUCUCAGCAAGGACUUGGUUGCAUGGGAAUGUCUUCUGGCUAUGGACCUCCAAAACCAGAACCAGACAUGGUUGCUCUCAUCCACCAUGCUAUUCAAUCUGGUGUCACAUUCCUUGACACUGCUGAUGUCUAUGGCCCUCACACCAACGAAAUUCUAAUUGCAAAGGCUCUGAAGGGAGGGCUGAGAGAGAAGGUUGAAUUGGCAACCAAGUUUUCAAUCAAUAUUAUUGGGGAAAGGAAAUUCGACAUCCGUGGAGAUCCAGAAUAUGUGAGAGCUUCCUGUGAGGGAAGCUUGAAGAGACUUGACAUUGAUUGCAUUGAUCUCUAUUUCCAGCAUAGAGUUGAUACUCGCGUGCCAAUCGAACUCACUAUUGGGGAGCUUAAGAAACUUGUUGAAGAGGGAAAAAUAAAGUACAUCGGUCUAUCUGAGGCGUCGCCUUCAACAAUCAGAAGAGCACAUGCUGUUCAUCCCAUAACGGCUGUGCAAAUUGAAUGGUCUCUAUGGUCUAGAGAUGUCGAGGAAGAAAUAAUUCCAACUUGCAGAGAACUUGGCAUUGGAAUUGUUGCAUAUAGUCCUCUUGGCCGCGGAUUCUUUUCUUCCGGAUCGAAGUUGCUUGAUAAUUUGUCGCAGAACGACUUCCGGAAGGCUCUGCCUAGAUUUCAACCUGAAAACCUGGAGACGAACAAGACUAUAUUCGAGAGGGUCAAUGAAAUGGCCGCGAAAAAAGGAUGCACUCCAUCUCAGCUUGCAUUGGCAUGGCUUCACCAUCAAGGCAAUGAUGUCUGCCCCAUACCUGGAACCACCAAAAUUGAGAACUUUAAUGACAACAUUGGAGCCUUGUCUGUGAAACUUACACCGCAAGAAAUGACAGAACUCGAGUCCUUUGCUACCGCGGAUGUUGUCAAGGGUGAUAGAUAUGCAGAGGAAAUGUUAGCUACAUGGAAGAACUCUGAUACUCCACCACUUUCUUCUUGGAAAGCUGUUUAAUCAUGUUCAUUACUUAAUGUUUAUUUUAUUAUUGCACCUUCAAGAGUGUUGGUACUUUCAAUAAAUAGAUCAGAAUGAAGGGAAUGCAUGUAUAUUCCCUUUUGAAAUGAAUUUGGUUACAUGAGUGAACCUUUCAAAUUUCUAGCUGCUGAUUUUGUAUAUUCUUAACUUUGAAGUGGUUUUUGGAUUCUGCUGCCUAUAUAUAAAAGAAGGGUUUAUGGAGAA